GGUAUGUAAUUACUCCUGCUGUUGCUCCUAGGGUUCUGCGUUUUAAAUCGUAGGGGCAGUAGCGUAGUUUGUUAAGGGGAUUAAGAACUCCCCCCUACGCCGGUAGCUACGCUGAAAAUAUGCAGGCAGGUCCCCCCCGGAACUCGCUCGCGAUACAAAAAAAAGCUCAUCAAUUCAAUUGAAUUGCGAAGUUUUGGCUCAGGCGGUCCUUACAUUGUGACGCACUGACUGUUUGCUUGUUCGUAGUAGAGAAAAAGUAUGAUGUUGAUGUAAUAGGGACCUGAGUGAUACGGCAAUUGUUUCCGCAAUAAUAACAAAGACAAGCUGCGCCAUUUUUUUCGUCCGCAGCACGGCUACACAUUCAUACGACGAAAAUGAAACCGAAAUUAAUAGUAUCGUUCUUGUUGAUCUUGAUGCGGAGUGAGCUAUUGCUCACAUUUGCAGUCUUCGCAUUUUCUACUCGACGCACAUUUGCGAAGAUUUCUCAUCUAGUAGUUAGACAAUUUUGAACUUUCACGAAUUAUAAUUAAUCGCUAGAAAAUUUAUGAUUUGACACUGCUCAUUGUCUAAAGUCCCUCUGUCACUCUGCUUGCUUUACUUCUUGGAAACUUCUAAAAAACUUGUUAAUCUAGAACGUUUGUCAAAGGAGCCUGCUGAAGUAAAAACUAAUGAAUCUGCUGGUUCCUCCGUUUUGUGGCUCAUAAAGACUGAAAUAAGUAGAGAUACGCAAAAAAACCGAAACUAGCUUAGACUACUUAUAUAGCCGUAGGUUGGUAAAUAGCUUGUAGAUAGUAUUUAAGAUGUCGCGUCCACGUGCUAAGCGCAAGCUCUCGCGUCCCUUGAUGUUCCAACAGAAACUCAGGGCGCGUGUCGCAUCCUACAAGAUGAAGAGGGCCGUGACUGAUAUCAAAGUAAUAAGAAAGACAUAACCAGAGGCCUUAAACCUUGGGGAUAAUAUUUACCACCCAUGACACUGGUCCCCUAUUUGGGUCUGACCCCGGUGCGUGUGUGCUCGUGCCUGAGCUACGUAUAUAUAUAUAUAUAUAUAUAUAUAGCUAUAGACCGAUAUUUUGCCUGUGGAUAGUUAGUGUCUAUAUUUUACUCGGCGUCGGCGACUGGAAAAGGUUCCCCUGUCGUUCCUCUGUUGUUCUUGGAAGAAGUAGCUGUAAGGUAUUAGUGGCGUGGUGCUUGUCUCGAAAAAUGAAUGCGGUGCUCUGCUCUACCUGGAGUUCUUGGAUGUAA